GGCGGCGGAGGCGGCGCGGGCGAGCCUGGGGGCGCCGAGCGGGCGGCCGGGCCAGGCGGCCGGCGCGGGCUCCGGGCGUGCGACGAGGAGUUCGCUUGCCCCGAGCUGGAGGCGCUGUUCCGCGGCUACACGCUGCGGCUGGAGCAGGCGGCCACGCUGAAGGCGCUGGCGGUGCUCAGCCUGCUGGCGGGCGCGCUAGCACUGGCCGAGCUGCUGGGCGCGCCGGGGCCGGCGCCCGGCCUGGCCAAGGGCUCGCACCCCGUGCACUGCGUCCUCUUCUUGGCGCUGCUCGUGGUCACUAACGUCCGGUCCCUGCAGGUGCCCCAGCUGCAGCAGGUCAGCCAGCUGGCGCUGUUCUUCAGCCUCACCUUCGCGUUGCUCUGCUGCCCCUUCGCGCUGGGCGGCCCCGCCCGGGGCCCCGCCGGGGCGGCCGGGGGACCGGCGACCGCGGAACAGGGUGUUUGGCAGCUCCUUUUGGUCACCUUCGUGUCCUAUGCCCUGCUGCCCGUGCGCAGCCUGCUGGCCAUCGGCUUCGGGCUCGUGGUGGCUGCCUCGCACUUGCUGGUCACAGCCACCUUGGUCCCCGCCAAGCGCCCGCGUCUCUGGAGGACGCUUGGCGCCAACGCCUUGCUCUUCGUUGGCGUGAACAUGUAUGGGGUCUUCGUGCGGAUCCUGACCGAGCGCUCGCAGAGGAAGGCCUUCCUGCAGGCCCGGAGCUGCAUCGAGGACCGGCUGAGGCUGGAGGAUGAGAACGAGAAGCAGGAGCGGCUCCUCAUGAGCCUGCUGCCGCGGAACGUUGCCAUGGAGAUGAAGGAGGACUUCCUGAAGCCCCCUGAGAGGAUUUUCCACAAGAUUUACAUCCAGAGGCAUGACAACGUGAGCAUCCUGUUUGCAGACAUCGUGGGCUUCACAGGCUUGGCGUCCCAGUGCACGGCCCAGGAGCUGGUGAAACUCCUCAAUGAGCUUUUUGGCAAGUUCGACGAGUUAGCCACAGAGAACCACUGUCGCCGCAUCAAGAUCCUUGGAGAUUGCUACUACUGCGUGUCAGGCCUCACCCAGCCCAAGACCGACCACGCCCACUGCUGCGUGGAGAUGGGGCUCGACAUGAUCGACACCAUCACGUCCGUGGCCGAGGCCACCGAAGUGGACCUGAACAUGCGCGUGGGUCUGCACACGGGCAGGGUCCUCUGUGGCGUCCUGGGCCUGCGCAAGUGGCAGUAUGAUGUGUGGUCCAACGAUGUGACCCUGGCCAACGUUAUGGAAGCUGCUGGCCUACCUGGGAAGGUUCAUAUCACGAAGACGACCCUGGCAUGCUUGAAUGGGGACUACGAGGUAGAACCAGGUUAUGGACAUGAGAGGAACAGUUUCCUGAAAACUCAUAAUAUCGAAACCUUUUUUAUUGUGCCAUCCCAUCGCAGAAAGAUAUUUCCAGGCCUGAUUCUCUCAGAUAUAAAACCGGCAAAGAGGAUGAAGUUCAAGACCGUCUGCUACCUGCUGGUGCAGCUCAUGCACUGCCGGAAGAUGUUCAAGGCCGAGAUCCCCUUCUCCAACGUCAUGACCUGCGAGGACGAUGACAAGCGGAGGGCAUUGAGAACAGCCUCAGAAAAACUCAGAAACCGGUCUUCCUUCUCUACCAACGUUGUCUACACCACCCCAGGCACUCGUGUCAACAGAUACAUCAGCCGCCUCCUAGAAGCCCGCCAGACAGAGCUGGAGAUGGCGGACCUGAACUUCUUUACCCUGAAGUACAAACAUGUCGAACGGGAGCAAAAGUACCACCAGCUUCAGGACGAGUAUUUCACCAGCGCUGUCGUCCUUGCCCUCAUCCUGGCUGCCUUAUUUGGCCUUGUCUACCUUCUGAUAAUCCCACAGAGUGUGGCCGUCCUGCUCCUGCUAGUGUUUUCCAUUUGCUUCCUGGUGGCCUGUGUCCUGUACCUGCACAUCACCCGGGUCCAGUGUUUUCCAGGGUGCCUGACGAUUCAGAUUCGCACUGUCUUGUGUAUAUUCAUAGUGGUCUUAAUCUACUCGGUAGCCCAAGGAUGUGUGGUGGGCUGCCUGCCCUGGGCCUGGAACUCCAAGCCCAACAGUACCCUGGUGGUCUUCUCAUCUGGGAGCCGGCGCACAGCGCUGCCCGCCCUGCCCUGCGAGUCUGCGCACCAUGCCCUGCUCUGCUGCCUGGUGGGCACCCUUCCGCUAGCCAUAUUCCUGCGGGUGUCCUCCUUGCCAAAAAUGAUCCUGCUGUUGGGGCUCACCACGUCCUACAUCCUCGUCCUGGAGCUUAGCGGAUACACCAGAUUUGGGGGCGGUGCCGUCUCUGGGCGCAGCUACGAGCCGAUCGUGGCCAUCCUGCUGUUCUCCUGCGCGCUGGCCCUGCAUGCCAGGCAGGUGGACGUCAGGCUGCGGCUGGACUACCUCUGGGCGGCGCAGGCAGAAGAGGAGCGCGAGGACAUGGAGAGGGUGAAGCUGGACAACAGGAGGAUCCUCUUCAACCUCCUGCCAGCCCAUGUCGCCCAGCACUUCCUCAUGUCCAACCCCCGAAACAUGGACCUCUACUACCAGUCCUACUCCCAGGUGGGCGUCAUGUUCGCCUCCAUCCCCAACUUCAAUGACUUCUAUAUCGAGCUAGAUGGCAACAACAUGGGGGUGGAGUGUCUGCGGCUGCUCAACGAGAUCAUCGCUGACUUUGACAAGCUCAUGGACAAAGACUUUUACAAGGACCUAGAGAAGAUCAAAACCAUCGGGAGCACCUACAUGGCCGCGGUGGGGCUGGCGCCCACCUCGGGGGCCAAGGCUAAGAAGUCCAUCUCCUCCCACCUGAGCACACUGGCGGACUUUGCCAUUGAGAUGUUUGACGUCCUGGAUGAGAUUAACUACCAGUCUUACAACGACUUUGUCCUCCGAGUUGGCAUCAACGUCGGCCCCGUGGUGGCUGGAGUGAUCGGAGCGCGCAGGCCUCAGUACGACAUCUGGGGAAACACAGUGAACGUGGCCAGUCGGAUGGACAGCACCGGGGUCCAGGGCAGAAUCCAGGUGACUGAGGAAGUCCACCGGCUGCUGAGAAGGUGCUCCUACCACUUCGUGUGCAGAGGCAAAGUCAGCGUCAAGGGCAAGGGCGAGAUGUUGACAUACUUUUUGGAAGGCAGGACUGAUGGAAACGGCUCCCAGACUAGGUCCCUAGGCUUGGAGCGAAAAAUGUGUCCUUAUGGGAGAGCCGGCCUUCAGGCCAGACACCCCCCAGUGGGCCCCCCGGCUGGGCUCCCAGUCAGGGCCGGGCUCCCCCCGCACCCCACCAGCCAGUACCUGCCCUCCACAGCAGCCGGGAAGGAGGCUUAACGAGCCCACGCUGGCCGCUGGGGGUGCACACAGGGCGAGAAUGCUCUGGGGCGACACAGGCCACUGCAGCUCCAGCCAGGACGAGCCAAACCAGUGGAGCAGGUGGGCAGUGGCCAGGCCGGAGGAGGAGCAUUGUCCAGGCAUGGCCUGUGGCCUGAGGGCCAACAACCCGGCAGAAGCAGCACAGCAGUGACUUGGUGAGGGGAGGACCCUGUCUGCACACACAUCCAGGCCUCGCAGGCUGUGUGUCCACUCCAUCCUCCCCAUCCAUGGCAGAAUGAGCACCGUCUCUUUCCAGCAGGCCUGUGCGGGUUUGGCCAGGUUGGCGUCAAUGUCAGGAAUUCAGAACAUCCGCCGGGGCUACAGCGACAGCUGCGGAGGUCUGGCUGGCAGAGUGGCCGAGGAGCCUGCUGAGUGUGCCCUGAGCCACCCCGGCCGAGGCGGGUCCCAGCAUGCAGGCGGCUCCAGCCCUGGGCAGCGGCUUCGGGAGCCAGAGUGGGAAGUCAGGCCUCACUGGGCUGGGGCUGUUCACGCUCAGACUGGACAGUUUGGGGAGAACUGAGAAGCUGCCUCGCACUGCAUGGAUAGUGGUGGCCACUGCCUUUCCUCAGAGCGGUUGUUUGCUCAAAGCCGGAGGUAGGUCUUCUGGAAUUCUCCGGGGGCCCCCAGCCCCCUCUCCAUAAUCACGGCCAGCGUCGGCUUCUUGUUCUGCCUGUGUGUUCCCCAGCUGCGCCACCUGCUGGAUCCCGCUCCUGCGAAACCUGGACGUUCCCUGUGCUGCACGUCACUGCUGUGUUUGUUCACAGGAGAAGAGGGACGGGUGUCAUUUCCUCCUUUUCUCUGUGGUGUCGUGAGUCCUGUACAUUUGCAACAGUGCAAGGCUGCAUGUGUGUUGAAAAGGAGUGGCCCUCGUGCCCAUGAGCAGGCUUCCUUGACGGGACAUGUUUCUCCGGCAGAGCCAGCCCUCCUGGACGGGCUGUUUCAGAGUUGGCUUAUGGUCAUGUGUCCAGGUGUCCCUGCUCCAGCUUGCAGGGGACGUGACUGCAGGCGAUUGUGUCCAGAUCUGGGAACCUCCCACCUGCAUGUCUAGAUGAUCAUGAUGGAGAUGAGGAUGAGGGGCUCAGGGGUCCAGGAGAGCCAGUGGGGUGGGACUGGCCAGAAAUAACCAGGCACGUCCUGGCACGUGGAGACCCUGGACCUCGGGCACAGGGAGGAAGGGGGCUGGAGAUGGGAGGAAAGGUUCUGGAGACCCGCUGCUCUGAAACAUGCUCAGAGAGGUUUCUGUGGACUGCAGGGGAGACCUGAGCCUGUCUCUGCUCAAAGCCAGCUGGCUUGGGGGAGUCCCUCUCCUCAUUGCUCCAUAAGGGCUCUACUCCCUUUCUGGGGGUCCUGACUUUUCAGAAAAGGAGCAGAGAACAGCCCAGACUUCCUUUCCUGGAGCGUAGGUCUGUGUGGGGCCUCCUCUGGACUGACCCCCGUCAGGCUGGGCAGGUGAUGUCCUCCAGCCGCUCCCACCGUGGCAUGUUAGACAUGGCCUCCCGCAUGGGGAGGGCGACCCUGGCUCAGCCGUGUGGCCAUGCGGGGGCAGCAGGGACCUCAGCCGUAGCUGGGGAGGCCAGGCCUGCGGGCUUUGCAGGGCAGCCGGGUUGGGGCUGGCCAGGUGCCUGUUCCAGAGGGACUCGGGGUUGGUGGUAGGGGCUCCAGCAGAGGCAAGACUCAGGACAGAGGCGGACAGGGUGGACAGCUUCUGGCAAGGGAGAGUGGAAGCGGCUUUGUGCAGGCCGGGGACCAUAGGUGGCCAGAUGGGGCCGUGGGGAGCGCACCCCAUCCACUCUUCUUUCUCUCUGGGCUGGGCUGUGGCUUCUGUGAUGUGCAAGGGGGCUGGAUGGUCUCUUGGCACCUUCCUGAGAGUGAUUUUGACCCAUGGCCUUUCCUGGCUGCAGCAGGGAGCUCACAGGCCAGGGCAGGUUACCUCCUGGAUCCCCCAGAGAGUUUAGGGCUGGAGAAUGGGCAGCUUUUGUCUUCCUCCUGUGGUCCACAUGUCACUGUCCGCUCAUGCACCCUGGUGUUCUGGCAUCACUGGUGCGGGCUGGGCUCCCAAGAAGCCCUAGGGCAGAAGGAGAUGCUAGAGGGGGCUUCCGGCCGCUGUUGGGGCGUCCACAGGAGCCUAUGGCUGUGCAGAAUCACUGGGCUGCCUGCGAGGGUGCCUAAGGACAGGCAGGCUCAUCACGAGGUCCAGGGUCCAUCUGAGCUCUCCACGAGCUGAGCACCUGGCUGGGGCCCAGCUGCCAGCCGCUGCCUGCACGGUGUGCAGAGGGUGGAGAGCCUCGCUGGCACAGCCAGUGCCGCUGCCCACCCCAGGCUGUCCGGGUAGGGGGUAGACAGAGGAGUGGCCCCCAGAGGUGUCCACACCGUAGACGUAAGCCCUGUGGCUACGCUCUGUCACUUGCCAAAGGGGACUUUGCAGUCGGAAUCAAGGUCAGGGAUCUUAGGAUGGCAGAGGAUCCUGGACUACCCGAGUGGGCUCAGUGCGGCCACGUGGCCCCUUGGAAGUGGAUGAAGGAGGCAGAAGAGCCCAGAAGGAUUCGAAGCAUGUCAGGGAUGGCACCAUCGUUCCUGGCCACAGCCAACUUGACAACCCCAGCCCCAGCCAGCAAGGAAGUGGGGACGUCACUCCCACGAUUACAAGGAGCUGAAUCCAUCAACAGCCUGAGCGAGCCCACAGCAGAUUCGCCCAGAGCCUGCAGGAGGAGCAGAGCCCAGCCUGGUGACACCUCGGUCUGGCCUGUGAGACUCAGCAAAGAGCCAGCUGCCACACGGCGUCUGGCCUGGGAUCACAGAGCCGGGAGAUCACACAUGUGCAUCCGUGACACCACUCAAAGCAGGUCAGUCACGCAGCAGCAGGAGGAAGCCAUCCCGGGGACCACACUUCCUCCCCUGGGCACACGACUUUUCUGAAAUGGACCCCACGGCAGCCUUGGCGAGGUCUCCACUUCACGGGGCAAACAUCUCCAUCAUCAGCAACUCCAAACCCCACCUACUUCCUGGGAGUUCAGGAACUGUGUUUAGCCAUAAUGUUCCUUGGGGUUUGGCGAAAAACAACUUCCUUUUUAUUUGUG